AUGGCGGCCGACGGCUCGGUGCUGGGGCGAGGGACGCGCCGGCCCAAAAUCGACUGUGUCCGCGCGUCGUUUAGGACCAAAGCCGUGUACGGUUCAGGAGAUGCAGACGAGUUCGAGUUUUUCUGGGCGCGAAAUGUCGUGCCCGGGUCGUGGUCGUGUAGUGUCCGUUCCGCGGCCGUGCAUUGCGAGAGCGAGUGGGUCCGUGCAGCGCACCAACAGUGGCUCGUUGGCAUUCCGCGGCCGCAGGCAUCGCGCGCAAAAAAGACAAUGACUCGUAUUUUAUACAGCCCUAAACGUUCCAUCAACGUAUCGAUACGACUCGACUGUCCUGUCCUUAAA